AUGGGCGAUGAGCUCAAAACCAAUCCAGUUCUAGAGCCCAUGACAAGAACUUUGCUACUAAGUUACCAGGAUUUGCCUUACCACUUGAAAUCUAUUCUCCUCUACAUCGUACUCUUUCCUGAGGACUAUGAGGUCGAAUGUGGGAGACUGAUGAGGUUAUGGAUAGCUGAAGGACUAAUCAAACAGACAAGAGGUAAGACAGUUGACGAGGUUGCACGAAAGUACCUCAAUGCUCUCAUCCGGAGGAACUUGAUUCAGGUAGCCAAAUUGAAUAUGUAUGGAGAAGUAAGACGCUGUCGAAUCCACGAUGUCCUUCGCGAGAUCAUUCUUUCAAAAUCUGAGGAAGAGAAUUUCUUCAAAGUUCUCUCGGAACAAGAUAAAGUCUGGCAACAAGAAAGCAUGAUCAGACAUUUAUCAAUCCACAAUAGUAUUGAUAAUUUUCUAUGGAACAGCAGAUAUACCUCCAGGGUUCGAACCCUUUUAUUGUUUAGGAUUCUGAAAUUACAAGGAAAUUUCAUGAACACAAUUCUGUCCAGCUUCAAGUUACUACGAGUACUGGAUUUACAAGGUGCUACAUUAGGAAGUCUUCCAGAGGAGGUUGCAAAUCUCUUCCAUUUGAGGUAUUUGAGCGUGAGAAAAACCAAGGCCAGAGUGCUGCCGAAAUCCAUAGGCAAGCUACAAAACUUAGAAACGCUUGAUCUUAGAAGCACAUAUGUAGAGGAAUUGUCUUUCAGUAUGCUAAGGCUCAAACAACUACGACAUCUCUUGGCUUUCAAUAUCAAAAACCCGGCUACUGCUGAAGGGAUGAGGGUGCAUGGUCGAAUAGGGUCUCUAAUGGCCCUGCAGAAACUAUCAUUAAUAGAUGCAGACAUGGGAGGUGCUCGCAUAACUACAGAAUUAGCAGGCUUGACUCAGCUGAGGAAGUUGGGUCUUCACAACCACGUAAGAGAAGAUGGAGCAGAUUUGUGUUUUAUUAUUGAAAAGAUGAAGGACCUCCGUUCGUUGAGGCUGGACACCAUCUAUGGUGAGUUCCUUGAUUUACAGCAUCUAUCGUCUCCUCCCAAGCUUCUCCGACGCCUGUGGUUGGAUGCCCAUCUGGAAGAGUUGCCGCACUGGUCAUGGUUGCGUGAUGACCCCAUUAAAGUUCUUCAGUCACUGCCUAAUAUGAAGGAGCUCUAUCUCAAUGGGGUAUAUGAUUCAAAGGAGUUAUAUUUUGAGGCACAAGGAUUUAAGAGACUGACGCAAUUUGAGAUCGGUGUCUCACAUAAUGUGAGCUCUGUAGUCAUGGAGGAAGGUGUGAUGCCGCUUCUUGAGUAUCUGAUGAUAUCGUCACGUGAGAAGCUAAAGAAGCUGCCAUUGGGCAUCCAACACCUCAGAAACUUGAACCACUUCAGGUCCACCAACAUGCCCAAAGAAUUCGAUAUGGCCAUACUUCAAUUACUGGAUGGUAAUAGUCAGAGGAACUCCAAAGUAGAUGUUUUGAAUCAUAUAAAAAAGGUAAAUUUUAACACUCUUCUUGAAGAUGGACACUGGCUUACUUACUCGAGGGACGAAUUCAGAAGCACCAUUGAGCGUCUUCGGAAGAAAAGCGACCCAGAAUUCCCACAAUCUUUGGAGGAUUUGUUUGGUAAGUAUAUUAUAUUGUUUUUGUUUGAUGGAAUAUAUUGA